AGACUGACUUUGAUUUAUCCUUAAAAGGGAGCGUAGUGGCUUUGGACUGCCAGCGACUGGCGUCAGUGAAGGAGACCCUGGAAUCCAGCCUGUUUGAGGCUCAGCAGCACUCAUCUCAGCUGGAGAUCUCCCGGCAUCAGCUUGAAAUCCAGCUUCACGCAGUCGCGCAGGCCAAGGAGGUGAUCCAAGGGGAAGUGAAGUGCCUUCAAUGUGAGCUGGAAGCGGAGAGAUCUCUAAGGAGGCAGGAACGGGAGCACAUGGCACAACGGCUCUUGCAGACAGAACGGCAGUAUGAGGCUGCCCUCAGACUUCGGCAAACUGAUCAUGAAGCGGAAAUGAACAAGCUCCUGCAAGACCUGGCAAGCGAGUGGGAAGGGCACCAUUCAGAGCUAGAGGAGAUGCUGGAGCGAUGGGAAAAGGAGAAGGCAGAGACAGAAAGGGAGCACGAGAAGAAGCUGUUUGAUAUGAAGCAGAAAGUUGCCACCAUGCAAGCUCAACAAGAGGAGGAACGAACGAGAGUUGAAAAUGCCAAGCAAGAGGCCCCGCCAGAACAGGAGCGUGAGAAGAAGAAUGCUUUCCUAGAGACGCUGCUCCAAACUCGGGGAGAGCUAAGAGAAGCCUGCCAGCAGCUGGAGCAGCUCAGGCAGGAGGUGGAAGAGCGGCGAGAGAAUGGGCAGAACAUCACGGAAAAGCUGCAGGCAGAACUGCAGGAAAGUCAGAGUAAGAUCAAGGCCGUGGAGAAUAGGCACAAGGAAGAAAUGCAAACCGUCACAGAGGAAAUGAACAGCCUUCUUCAGCAGAGGGAUGCUCUACAAAAACAGCAUGAACGGGACAGGCUGCAAGCAGUUAAAGAAAAACUGGUACGAGAGAUAAAACUUCUUCAGGAAUCAGCCACAGCCUCUGAGACCCGAGCAAAUACAGCAACGGAUACGAAUCACUGCCUUGAACAAGAACUUCAGACUGCAUUGUCUGUCUUGAAAAUGAAAACCGAGGAAGUGGAAACGCAGUGGGAGAAAAUGCAGACGCUCCAGAAAGACGCGGCACAGGGAAAAGCUUUGCAGGAGACUCUCCCUCAUCUGACUGCCAUCCUGUCAGAGAGGGAGGGAGAAAUGAAGUUGUACCAGGAAGAGGUGAGAACGCCGGAAGACCAGCAAGCAAUGCAGAAAACUACUCUCGAUCAGGUUAUUAAGGACAUAACAGAGAAAAACCAGAAGAUGGAAUCCCAGCAAGAACGGAUACGGGACCUGGAGAAGCAGCAAGAAAAACAAAGGAUUGCUGUCAGCAAGAUGAGCAAAGAGCUGGAAGAGAGAGGCCUGGAGAUCAGAUCCCAGCAAGAACGGAUACGGGAGCUAGAGAAGCAGCGAGAAAUGCAGAGGACUGCUGUCAGCAAGAUGAGCAAAGAGCUGGAGGAGAGAGACCGGGAGAUCAAAUUCCAGGAGGGGAAAAUAGCGAUUCUAGAACAAGACGGUGCAUCACAAGUGAGAAAUCUGCGGGUGGAUCUUGAUCAUCUGAAAGGAACCUUGGAGGAGAGAAACUUGGAGCUUAUGUCUCUGACUCAGCAGAUCCAAGAACUGGAAAGGGAGAGAGAACAGGUGAAAUCUCUGCACGCAAGCCUCGAACACCUGAGGGCCGCUCUUAAGGACAGAGAGAGCGAGUGUGAUUCUCAAAGGCAUCAGUUAAGACUCUUGCAGCAGUACAAGGAGCAGCAAGAGGGGUACCUGCAAGAGCUUCACGGUAAAGUAGAAAAGAUGACACUUGCUUUGUCUCAAAAAGAUCAAGAGCUUGAGUCACAAGAAAAGCAAAUCCAGGAAGCUGAAGAAGUCACGGAAAUGCAGUUAAGGACUGUCCGUGACCAACUGGAGCAGGCCUUAGAAGCCUUAAAAGAAAAGGACAGACUCAUAGACACCCAAAAGCAACAAACAAGGAGCUACGAGGGAAAACCAGGAGAACAGCUGAAGGUCUUACGCAGAGACUUAGAAGACGCUACGGCAAUACUGAAAGAAAAGCAUUUCAUGGUUGAAUCUCAGAAGGAACGGAUUGCGACCUUCCAAAAAGCAGAACAAGACUCUGGAGAGCAGAAGGAAAUUCUGCAGCAUCUGGAAGCGGCCCUAAAGGAGAAAGAGCAAGAAAUUGUAUCCCUUAGAAAGCCAUGUGAGGCACGCAAGGAACAGGAGGAAAAGCACGGAGCUGAGCAAACAAAUCUUCAAGGGACAAAACUGACUCUGAAAGAAGAGAGAGAAAGAAAGAUAGGGGUUCUGGAGGAGGCUACCUCUAGGCUUGAGACCAAGGCUCAAGGUGAGCAAAAAGAGUUAGAAGAGGAAAUAAGAGCUCUUUGGGAAGAUCUCCAGCACGUUCAGCAGACUCUGGCAAGGAAGGAUGAAGAGAUCGAGUACCAGAGAGACAGAGUCAGGUAUUUCGAGAAGACUCUGUCAGGGAGAGAACAAGAGCUUAGGCGGCAGAGCGAACUCCUGAAACAAUUAACGUCAGCUUUGCGAUGGAAAGAUGAGGGGGAGACCCUACAGAAACAAAUCCAGAAACUCCAGAAAUGGGAGGAAGAGGAAGCCGAGAAGAGGAGGGUUCUCCAGGAGAGAGACCGUUCCUUGCAAAGGCAGAAGGAGCUAACCCAACAACUGGAAGAUGAGCGGAAAGCAAAGGGGGAAGAAUUGGAGCGUGCGAUUGCUAUCUGGAAGCAGACUGAAAGCGGAGAAGUCAAAUGGAAAGAGAAGGCACAAGCACUGACUCUUGCCCUGACCAAGAGUGAAAUGGCCAAUGGGACUCUGAGGGGAGAAAUAGCCGUCCUGCAGAGUAUGGUUUCAGAGAGGGACACGGACUGGUUUCAUCACGAGCAGGCUACUGCAGAAGGGGAGCAGCUCUCCUGGCUCUCGGAGAAGAGACUCCUGUCGCAGCGGCUGGAACGUCUGCAGCGAGCAGUUGCAAAGCUGCAACUCGAGAAGACGGAGCUGAAGCAACUCAACGCUGAGCUCAGGAGGACUCUUGAGCAGGUGGAAUGGGAGCGGAGGAGACUGAAGAGAUAUUGUAGAGGUCGGUCGCUGCCAGAUGCGUGCGGCUUUUCUCUCUCUGACCAGCACAAGGUGCCUGCUUCUCGACAGGAGGAGUCUCACACGUGCUGCAGUUGUCGAUUAGCUGAGUUGCAGAAGCAGGUGUCCCUUCUGCAGACGCAGCUGGCACAGGAACGAAAAUACAAGCAGGACUAUCCUGAGUGCUGUGCAAAGACCAGCCAGGAGCUGUCAGACCUUCACCACGAGCUGUCUUACUCCUUAGCAGCUGUGGUCAGGGAGCCCAAAGCUGCUGUUUUGGAAGCAGAGACUGGGAAGCUGGGUCAGCCUCUGAACCUUCUUUUCCUGUAGAGGAACAGCUGCUGCAUCACAGGGUUCCUGUCCUGUGCCCUUCCCAGGAACGAAUUCUGUUUUGCUGCGGGAAAUGGGGGUGCAUUUGUUCUGUUUGCAUCUGGAAGCAUCUCCUAGUGACAGUGGUUUUAAAUGCGUUUUGGUUUUUUUAAUAAAGGCAAUUUUGCAGGA